AUGGAUAAAGAUAAUGACGAACUCAGCCAAUACAUCGACUAUAAUGGAGGACAGGGAGAGCACGCCAGAACUGAGGAACAAUCCACAGGAUCUAAUGCCACCGUUAAAAAAGUCAUAGCAAAUAUCAUCGACUUUGUUGAUAUUAUGACCGAUGAUAACUUUAGCACUAUAUUCAAUCAUCCAACAAUCCCACCAGAUACGCGUCAACAUGUAAAGAGUAUGUACGAUUCUCUCCCUGCCGCCGCCAACAAUCAACAGAUAAACGAAAACUGUUUUAAAGCGGGCUAUUCGGUUAUUAUGGAUUCAAGUACCGCACCAUGGACUGAUAAACUAAAAUAUUUUCAACGAGGAUGUAGGAUAUUCUACGAAGUAAUCAAACUCGUGGUUGUUAUUUAUACCAUCAAACUUCCCGGACGGGAUGGACCAGCCCACUACGACGUUUCUAGAUUGGAUGGAUAUGAAUCAGACCGGGCAGACGACGAAGAAAGUGGAAGACCAGAAUGUAUGGGAGAUUCUGGAAUACGACUUUGA